AUGUCCGCCAAAAAAUUGACCGUCCUAUUCCGCUACGCCGAUGAAAUGGGCUUUGGCACGGAAGAGAACCGCGCCCAAGUCACAAAAAUUAUCAAGGACGACACUGGAUCGGACGUCUGGUCUAGCACGAGGAAUAUCCCUCCUACCAAUUUUCUGCAGCUCUCGGAGAAAGCUGUUGAGGAGUUGAGGGCGGUGGAGGGGGUGACUGUUUUGCAUGCUGAGGAAGAGGAGGGGGAGUAGUAGUAGCAGGAGGAAGUGGCUGAAUCUGCCUAGUUUUUGAAACAUUUUGAUUAUGUCUCUUGUUUGCCUACGUGUUGCUGUCUGAGUUCUAGUUUGCAGGUUCGAUUGGGGUCCUGCACGUCUGGCGAAAUACGUCUGCUUCGGAGAGGAUUCGCUUGGAAGUAUACACAGGUAUCGCUCUAUGCUCCAUGAAAUCCAUUCAAGAGUGCGC